ACUGAGCGAAAGAGACCAGAGAGAGAGAGAGAGCGAGAUUGAGCUUGCGUGUAUGAAGCGUUAGAGAGAGAGAGAGAGAGAGAGAGAGAGAGAGAGAGAGAGAUGGAGAGGAAGGUGGUGGUGAUAUGUGGCGUCGUGGGUCUCUUGGGGAUCCUCUCGGCUGCUACGGGUUUUGGCGCAGAAGCCACUCGGAUUAAGGGUUCCGAGGUGCAAGUCACUACUCCUACGCAAUGUGCCUAUCCCUGGAGUCCAGCUCUGCCUCUUGGGUUAACUGCUGCCGUGGCUCUUAUGAUAGCUCAAGUAAUUAUCAAUGUGGCAACCGGUUGCAUUUGCUGCAGAAAGAACCCGAAUCCAUCAAAUUCUUACUGGACCAUGGCACUGGUCUUCUUCGUUGUUUCCUGGUUCACAUUUAUCAUAGCGUUUCUUCUGUUACUUACGGGUGCUGCACUCAAUGAUCAACAUGGUGAAGAUAGCAUAUAUUUUGGUAACUACUACUGCUAUGUUGUCAAACCAGGUGUCUUUGCCGGAGGUGCUAUCCUAUCACUUGCUAGUGUUUCCCUUGGGAUUUUAUAUUAUCUCUCCCUAACUCGGGCAAAGGAUGAUGGGCGGCCAUGGGGUACUUCUGCUCCUAACCAAGGUGUUGGAGGCAUUGCUAUGGGACAACCUGAGUUUCCACCACAGAGCACUCAGGGACCCGUUUUCGUACACGAAGAUACGUACAUGCGACGGCAAUUCACUUGAUCUGCAAUUAUUUACUUUGAUUCCUGAUGGACACUUGGGGGUUGCUUCAGAAUUUAGGCCAAUCAUCUCAAAAUUACACUGAAGGCGGAUUUGUAUUCCUCCAUCAUAGAACUUUUAUGUUCUCUGUUGGGUGACGUUAUUCACUAGGUACUGCAAAUAUUUUCUUGGAGCGAAACUAUAUAAAAUUUUGCUGGGGGUUGCUGAUGGACACACUUGGGGAGUUGCUUCAGAAUUUAGGCCAAUCAUCUCAAAAUUACACUGAAGGCAGAUUUGUAUUCCCCAUCUGCUUCAAUAGAACUUUAUCUUCUCUGUUGGGUGA